CUCACUCAAUGGCGAAGACUCGAAGCGCUGAGAAAGCCGCGCAAGUAGAUGCGGAGGACAGAACCGAUGGCCUCGAAAUAAUUUCCAUCGGUUCCCUCUACAAAGGAUCCUGGGAUAAGAAGUACUGGACCACCUCUAGGGGAAAAGAUCGGUAUCCAUAUCCAGUUGGUUAUCAAGCUGUUAGAGCUUAUAACGGGACCACUUAUAAGAUGGAAAUUUGUGAAGGUGUCAAUGGCCCUAGAUUUUUGAUUUCUUCUGAUGAUGGGAGUUCAUCUUCUGGGAAAACUCCUGACCAAGCAUGGGAGGAGUUUCAGAAGAAAGGUUGCCCACGAAUCAAGAUUUGGCAUGGGAAGAGACUUUCAUCUAAGAUGGAUGGCUUGGAGCUUUUUGGGUUCAAAAAUCAGUUUAUCCAGAGGUUGCUCCGGGAACUGGUGACAGAUGUAAAUGGAAUAGCAGAGCGGAGCUUGGUAUCCCCAAACAUUUGUGAUGGGGUUACUAGAACAGAUCAUGAUAAUUGCACAAAUGUAGGCACAUAUCCUGAUUUACUAACUUGCCUCAGAAAACCACGUGUUACAGGGAAGAGAAGCAGAUGUGAACUUAAGAAUAAAAAAUUAAAUGUACGAGCUAGAUCUCAGUCUCCAGAACUGACAUGUAGUAGACCUUCAAUUGUACAGAAUGAGAAGAGUCUUGGUCAGAGGAGUUCUACAAUCCAUUAUGGUUCAGAAGUACUUGAGGUCCACAAUCAGAUAGGCGUGCCAGUCCUAUUGCAAAGGAUAUCUUCUGUUUGUAAAAGCAGUAAUUGCAUUUCAUCCAAAAAUGAGUUGCUAUUGAAUCCUAUUGAAAUCUCUGAUGAAAAGAAAGUGGGAGCUGUACCUUCAAGAGGAUGGACUGGUUUUCUCUAUUCUGAAGAUUGCAAAACUACCGAACUAACUGCAGAAGAUCUGCCGCAGGAUGUGGAGUUGAAGAUAUCUAAUUUGUUGGUGACACCAGAAGACAAGAAACUGAUGCCUUUAUGUUCUAAAGAGUCUGUUGGUUGUAUUGAUAUUGAUCUUUGUGCUCCCGAUACCAUAGAUUUUGUGCAAGAAAAUACUCAUGAUUCUGCCCCAAGUGAACUGGAUAAAUAUGCUUACAAUGAGACAGCUUGUCAGAUCACCUCUGGAGAUCUGUUAAACACAGAACAUAAAGAAGUACUCAAAUCUAUUUCAAAUCCAAGCUCUGAAAAAAGUGAGUUUGGUUCAGCUGGCCAAGAUGUGGCAAAGUCAAUGAUGGCACUUCUGCUUCCUCAAGCAGUUCCUCUACUGAGGACUGUUUCAACAGAUAAGGAGUUUACUGUUAGGCCUUCAGAUAUGUUGCCUUGUCAGGUGAAUUCCAAGGAUGAACAGAAGGGAUAUAGUGUGGAUGUAUUGCCUUCUGAUGUAAUAAUGACAGAGGCUGCACAUGGGGAACAAGGGCAAAAGAUACAUGGGUGUACAGACUCACAUUCAAAUACUCCUAAUUUUGAACAUAUGAGGUCUAUUGUUCCUGACAGUUUUGAAUAUAGUCAAUGUGAUGAUUAUAAAACCAAUCAGGAAAUCUUAUCUUCAGAUAUUGUUGAAGCUGGUAGAUCUAGUUUCAAUAAAGAAAUGUGUUCUCAACAGCUUCUUGGUCAUGACUUGACAAAUGGAACAAUCACUUGCCAUGCUUCGGGGUUGGACUUUAAAGACAUGCCUCAGAAUUGUGAUGUAUGCAUUCCUGAAUCUGUUCUAGAUGACAUGUCUCCUAAGGAUCUGAUUAUUUAUGAAAGAAGUGAUGAUGCUUGCUUACAUGUGAAAGAAAAUCCUGCGCAUGUUUUUCUCAGUUCUGUGCAAAAGGACCUGCCAACUGCUCAGGAUUUUACUGGGGGUGUAAAAGCAAAGAGCUAUCAAUUGGAAAACAUGGCAACUCUUGCAGAAAAGACACAAGAUGAAGUUGUGGGUCAAACAGGCAAUGCUGAAAUGAUGAUUAUGUCUUCAAAUUUACCAAAAUUAGUAUACACCAGAAAAAAGCUCCGAAAUGAUAUUCCCUUCCAAGAAAAUUGUUCAGUCAUGGAGUGUACUGAAUAUGACAAAUUUAAACAUGUUACUCCUGAAAUGUAUACUGCCAAAGACACUUUACAUCCCUCAGAAAUCAUUCUAGUAAACAAUUCUAAUGAUAAACCAUGUGAAACAGAUGAUACUGCAGGUUUAUGUGUUCAAACACCUCAAAUUCGUAGUGAUGUUCUGGGUGGACAUAGCAACCUAGUGGAUCCUAACCCAACAUCGUCUCAGAAUCUAACCCUGUUUGCUGAUGAAAAUAAGUGCUUUGGUACCAAGGAGGUUCAAUUAAUUUCAGAACCAAUGCCCCUGCAAAACCAGGAGCUCAAGAAUAAUCUGGGCAGCAGUGUUAAGUUUGUGGGACGUUACUUGCACCCAAUGCCUGUUUCAUCCUUAUUUUUAAGCACAAGAGAGGAUGAAAUCCAUGUUUGUGUCUUAUGUGGCUAUCUGACUGGUCAGUACAGGACCCUGUUCACGUACAAGGUAGCUAUUGCUGAACCAACUUUAGGGUGCCCUUCUGUCAUGGCUCACAGCUCAAUACUGUUGCCAGAUCCAAAACAUAACUUCAUAAAAGAAACUAUGGUGGAAAGAUCUGGGGUGCAGUUGACUCCUGGUGGACAGUAUGUUGUCUUAAUAGGCAGCAUAAAGACCCCCAAUUGCAGGGAAGGAAAGAUUGAUUGUCAUUGCUCAACAUGUAAAUCAGUCUGCUCUGAGAAGAACGCUUUGAAGAUUGUCCAAGUAGAACAUGGUUAUGUAUCAGUUGUAACAACAUUGGAAACUGUUGACAAUGUGCAUUGUAUAUUGGUUUGCGAACCUAACCGACUUGUUUCUGUCGGAGAGAGUGGGAAACUGCAGGUGUGGGUCAUGAAUUCAAAAUGGAGCGAAAAGAUAGAGUACUUCAUUAUUCCAGCUGAUGGCUCUGUAUCCCCUGGCAUUAUGGAGUUGAAGAGGGUUCCGAAGUGUACUCAUUUGGUUGUUGGUCAUAAUAGUCGUGGAGAAUUUAGUUUAUGGGAUAUUGCAAAGUGUAAUUGUGUUACAAGUUUCUCUGCUUUAAAAAGUCCAGUAAAUGAGUUCUUUCCAAUAAGCUUGUUCCAGUGGCAAACAAAAGGCUCAGGAUUCAGCAAUGUGAAUAUAGAGGAGCAGGCUGAUAAACUUUUAGAAGCAACCAAUUUGUGGUACUCAGAGCAGAGAGAUAUCUGUUGGUUUUCACCAAUAGAGGAAGAUGUUGCUAUGUGGCUUUUUGUCUCGACUACCUCUGACCUUGAUUCUUGCCAUAAUCAUGUUUCAACUUCAAGUAGUUAUGAUAUACAUACAGCUAGAAAUUGGAGGCUUGCUCUUUUGAUGAAAAAUAGCAUAAUUUUUGGAAGUCCCUUGGAUCUAAGGACUUCUGGUAAUGGUGUUUCUUGUGGUUAUGGAAUCAUCAGUACAAGUGAUGGAGUGGUGUAUAUGUGGGAGUUGUCUAAAGGAUCCAAGCUUGAUACUCUGCAUCAUUUCCAAGAUGGCAAUGUUACAUGUGUUGCUACCGAUGAUUCGAGAGGUGCCUUGGGAGUGGCUGGUGGUAGAGGCGAAUUGUUGCUUUAUCUACACGAUCCUGAGCUAGAUUCAAAUUAACUAGUAUACGUGAAUAGUGUUAUUUACUCAGCGAUCUAUAUGAGCUUGAAUGGAUAAUUGGAAGAAAUUUUUUUGUAUCUGAAUUGCACUCAUGUUCAUUUGGUGAAUUGCAAAUAGUGCUCACAGUUAUGCUCCACCUCUGUUUGAGCGGCUAUAUUGUUUGUAUAUAUAUCACCAGGGGUUGUGAUUUAGUACAUGCAAUCAACUCGAUAUUCGUUGAA